UUAAACAAAUGUAAAAAAGUCAAACAAAACAAGCAAGCUCAUCAAUUCCAACUAUCUAUUUAAUGGCUUCACCAUUUCAACAAGCAAAGGCUUUAUAACUCUUAAUAGUUUCUUGUUUCGUGUUCAUGACUUGUAACUUCACUUGAAAAACAAGAGAGGAAAUGGCUGAUCAUCAGAAAAUUCAUCCCAUGGUGGAUGUUGAAGCUGCAACAUCAAGAGUGCCUUUAGUAUCAGACAAAGGUACUGGUAUUAGGCCACAAGCACAAGUUCCUCCGCAGAGAACGAUCCCAGUAAUGCAGUUGAACCCACCAAGGAAAAGCGGAAGCUGUUUCUGUAAGUGCUUCUGCUGGACAAUUAGCAUCCUGGUUCUUCUCAUAAUUAUUAUUGCAGCAGUUAUUGGCAUUCUUUACCUUGCGUUCCAACCAAAACUGCCAAAGUACUCAGUUGACAGCUUGAAAAUAAGUGAUUUAAGGCUCAACUUGGACUUAUCAUUGUAUGCAAAGUUUGAUGUAAAGAUUACAGCCAACAAUCCAAACAAAAAGAUUGGAAUUUACUAUGAAAAAGGAGGGAGAUUGAGUGUUUGGUACACAAAAACUCAGCUAUGUGAAGGGUCACUGCCAAAAUUCUACCAGGGUCAUCAGAACAUAACAAAACUUGAUGUGGAAUUGACAGGCCAAAAUCAGUAUGGUAACACUUUGAUGAAUGCAUUGCAACAACAGCAACAAACAGGGAGAAUUCCUUUGGAUCUUAAGGUCGAUGCACCGGUGGCGAUCAAACUUGGCAGGUUGAAGCUCAGGAAAGUCAGGAUUUUGGGGGAAUGCUUGUUGGUUGUUGAUAGUUUAUCUGCUAACAAUCAGAUCAGUAUCAAAGCUAGUAACUGCAAGUUUAAAUUGAAGCUUUAAAUAUUUUCUACAUGUU